GAGGCCGAGAUGGCAGAUGAGAUCGCUAAGGCUCAGGCCGCUCGGCCUGGUGGCGACACGAUCUUCGGGAAGAUCAUUCGCAAGGAAAUCCCAGCCAAAAUCAUUUAUGAGGAUGACCAGUGUCUUGCUUUCCAUGAUGUUUCCCCUCAAGCACCAACACAUUUUCUGGUGAUACCCAAGAAACAUAUAUCCCAGAUUUCUGCAGCAGAAGAUGACGAUGAAAGUCUUCUUGGACAUUUAAUGAUUGUUGGCAAGAAAUGUGCUGCUGAUCUGGGCCUGAAGAAGGGUUAUCGAAUGGUGGUGAAUGAAGGUUCAGAUGGGGGACAGUCUGUCUAUCAUGUUCAUCUCCAUGUUCUUGGAGGUCGGCAGAUGAAUUGGCCUCCUGGUUAAGUGUAUUGUAGGGAUCAUUUUCCCUUCUCUAUGCAGUGAUCAGGUCUGCAAGUUCCAAUAUGCAAAACAAUACUUUUUUUUGCCUGUGUAUGGAGAGAUUGCAGAAAUAAUUUAAAAAACCCAUACGUAAUAAAAGACAUUGUUGCAUGGUCUGAAAAAAAAAAA